UUGUAGAUUCAUCUCUAUUAUUGUUGUGUCGGACGCGAUUGUUGUGAUUCUAUAUCAACUCCGCUUUGAAAUUGAUAUUUUGAUCUAAAAAAAAAUCUCAAACAUGGGAGUCACUGUGUUGCAACAAUUUCCUAUGACAGAAAAUAGGACAGGACCGCAGACAAUUGAGUUUUUGACGAAACGAAUUGUCGCUUUAGGAGCUGUGCAGUCUGGUCAUUUUUUAGUUGAUUGUGAAACAUUUAUGUCUGUUCCUCAAUUGGGUAAUCAAAGAACUGUGCAUGUUUUGCAUAAUUCAGAACAACCGGCAUCUGUGUUCGCUAUUCUUGAAUCUGGAAGUAAAAUGGUCCCUCUGAUAGCAGAUGGUCUCUUUGAUUUGCUUAUGUUAAAAUUAACUGGCAUCUACACAAGUAAAAAGCAAACAAAAAUUGAAUCCAAAGGACCCAGAUUUGAAGUUGGAGAUUUUUGCGUUAAAUUGGGAAGUGUGACAAUGAGUCAAAACUUCAAGGGAGUAUUGGUCGAGGUUGAAUAUAGACCGUGUCUUGUUCCGGGAAAUGCUUGGGAAUUGAUGCGAGAAUUUCUUCAAGGCUUUCUUGGUUCCACUGUGUCAAAUCAGGCACCGCAAUACUUGCAGAAUCGAAUGAACGAAAUUUAUCAACCAAUGGACACAAUUCAUCAAUAUUUGGAGCAUUUUGGUCAAUACCGCAAAGCAACUGGAGUUAUAUAGUUAUUUAAAAAAGAAAAAAACACAAUUUCGAUUUUUUACAAAUAUUUUUCUUUUUAUAACGACAAUUAAUUAUAUUUUUAUCAACAAUACUUAUUAAGAAUACUUAUAUUAUUUUAAAAACAGGUAUUCAAUUUUUUAAUUUUACUGAAACGACUAUUUGGUUUUUAGAAUUAAAAAGAAAAUAAUUAGUCUAUUACUAAUUCAAAAAAAAGAAUAAUUCGGUAAAAGUAGAUUGUUACCGAUUGAAGAAAAGUGUGAGUAACACAGUUAGCGAUGAACGAUAUUGCAACUUCGACUCUAAGCUUCGAGCAAGUGAUUACAGAGGGAGAAAGUGAUCUGGAGUUGUACUUUUUGAAUUUCAAUUUCAGUGUAUGUAUUUUGUCAAUUUAAUAUAUUUUUUGUAUUGAUCAUUAAAAAACAUUUUUUAAAGUA